AGGAAUAAUAUUGAACCAUGUCAGCUCAAUGUUUCCGUAGAAUGAUGGGAAAAUAAUGAUGAAAGGUCAAACCACACCCUUCGUUAUUAAUAAGGGGUGGGAAUUGUCAUCGCCACUGUUUCCCCGAAACUUGGACAAAGACUCGUGAAGAUUAGGUAAACAUCUGAUAAGACCUGUUCCUUGUUGAAGCACACAUAAAGAUAAGCGGGAGCUCAGGCCCUGCCAUUUCACGACUCCGUGACAUUGGUGGCAGCUUUGUUUUUAGCGGGACAUCUAAAAUGGCGGCCUCGAUGAUUCAGUUGAUAGGAUUCAUGUUGUCCGCGCUGGGCCUGUUCUUAAUAUCAGCUGCAACAGCAAUGGACAUGUGGAGCUUGCAAGACCGAUCUUUUACAGUCGUAACCAAUUUUUUCACUUAUUCUGGCUUGUGGAACACGUGUGUAGGGACAUCCUACGGCACAACGCAGUGCAGGCCUUAUUUUACCAUACUAGGACUGCCAGCUCUGCUCCAAGCCGUGCGGGCCCUGAUGAUUGUUGGUAUUGUUCUCGGAGCCGUCGGCUGUCUGAUCGCAAUAUUCUCACUGAAGUGCUUGAAAAUGGGGAACAUGGAGGACAACAUUAAAGCCACAAUGACUCUGACAUCUGGGAUCAUGUUUCUUCUUGCAGGCAUCUGCGGCAUCGCCGGGGUGUCGGCCUUUGCCAACUUGAUUGUGCAAAGCUUUCGGUUCACGACAUUCUCCGAUGGUGGGUUCAGCAGUUAUGGAGGAGUGGGUAUCGGCGGACUCUCAGGAUCUCUGACUCCAAGGUACACGUUUGGCCCCGCUCUUUUCGUGGGCUGGAUCGGCGGAGCUAUCUUGGUCGUUGGAGGCGUCUUGAUGUGUGUGGCCUGCCGUGGAAUGACUUCAGAUAAACAGCAACGGUACGAUGGGAUGGCCUACAAAGCCUCCUCUCACCACACUGUCUACAAGUCUGACACCAGACCCCGUCAGAACUACAAUGACUCCUACAAGGCCCAGAGUAUGGACGGAAGGCAGUCCAACCAGAGAUUUGACUACGUGUAGAAUCAUUUCACUCUUAUAGAUACCUCUCAUUUACUGUAUAUUCUGCUGCUCUGUGAUGAUCUGUGAGUUUUUCUCUUGUGUUGGCAUGGGAAAAGUGGUUAUUCUUUUUUAUUUCUCUCUACUUUAAUUUGGCUGAACCGCUAAACAUUUAAGGUAUUUUUUUUUGUAUUACUUUUUUAAUAACAUCUUAUUAUCCUAAUUAUCAAACGCUGUUUUGUGAUUCGUAUUGUGAUAUUUUUGUGUGUCAAAUAAAAAAGGAUCCUUA